UGUGUGUGGGUCGAUACAACCGAGGCGGCCUCGCCGUCCCCGCCCGCCACCGCCCCAUCAUAAAACACACGCGCACCCGCACUCCCGGCCUCCUCAUUCCUCCCUGCCUGCUCCUGUGGUCCAUUCAGCCGCCGCCAUGUCCGCCCCCGUCGCCACCGCCGGAUCGGCCGUCUUCCCCGCGCAUCGGCUCCAGGUAAGCACCAGCGGCAGCCGCCGGAGCGCGGCGUGCUUCUCGAGGCGGCAGAGCUUCCCGUCCAUCUCGAUCCGGUCGGCUCCAACGAAGAAGCGCUUCCUCCACCUGCCUUGCUCGGCCAAGCAGGACACCGUCGACAAGGUCUGCGGGAUCGUCAAGAAGCAGCUGGCCGUCGCCGAGGACACCGUCGUGAGCGGGGAGACCAAGUUCGCCGACCUCGGCGCCGAUUCCCUCGACACGGUUGAAAUCGUGAUGGGUCUGGAGGAGGCAUUCAGCAUCACGGUGGACGAAUCGAGCGCCCAGGAGAUCAGGACCGUGGAGGACGCCGCGUCUCUCAUCGACAAGCUCGUCACAGACAAGGAUUCUUAGAACGAAUCCGCCUCCAUGCCCCUGCCUGAAUAGCUUUUUGGGUGCUCGGCUUGUUGUUGUUGUACUCUAAAUACAGAUAUGGAAUGAUGUACUGGCUGAAACUAGCUAGCCAGGAAGAGGCUUCUAUGCAGAGCUUGUUUUUGUGUAUGCUAUGCUAUCCCAUAUUGAAUAAAUGAGGGGGGUAGCACUUCUUCCCCGAGGCAAA